AUGGAGCUUCCAAAGGGGGCCAAAAUCACACAUGCCGGACUGCUGCAACACACGCCCGAUGGAAAGACGGAGCUGCAGAAGAUCACCCAGGCGGGGCUGGUGGCCCGGUCGCCCGAGGGUACGGCCGCCAAAGGGAUGAACAUACGCGGCAACGAGGACCUGUGGGUCGAGAUCCAGGCCAACACGUUCAAGAACUGGGUGAACGAGCACUUGCGAGAAUCGGGACUGCAGGUGAUUGAAUUCCAUGAGGACUUUUGCGAUGGAACGUUGCUCUGCGCCUUGGUGGAAGGACUACAGAAGCGGCCGCUGAAACCAUCCUGGAACAAACGGCCAGCCAAUCAACAUCACUUCCUAGAGAACGUCACCACAGCACUGAACGCAAUCGAAGCGGAUGGCGUCAAGCUCGUCAACAUCGGUAACGUGGACAUCGUCAAUGGAAAUGUGAAGCUGAUCCUUGGCCUCAUAUGGUCGCUGAUCGUGCGCUAUCAGAUUGGACGCAGCAAGUUCCCGCCGCGCAAGCUGAUGCUCGCAUGGUUACAGGCCGCAUUGCCCGACUGUAAGGUCAGCAACCUCACCACGGACUGGAACAGCGGGGUGUUGCUUUCCGCCCUGCUCGACUACUGCGAGCCGGGCCUGUUCCCACACUGGCGCACACUGAAUCAGAGCGAAUCCGUGCGGAACUGCGAACGGGCAAUGAACUUGGCGUACGAACGGUUCGGCAUACCGAAGGUCCUGGAACCGGAGUACCUUGCGUCGCGAUGGCUGGACGAGCUGUCCGGUAUGACGUAUCUGUCGUACUUUAUGCGACCCGGAGGACCUGGCUACAACGCGACAUUGAAGUGGGUUAACGGGCAAAUCAAGCGCCCUGUUACCAACUUUACGAGCGACUUCAACGAUGGCAAAGUGUUCUGCGAAAUCAUCAAAGACCUCGGUGGACCGGUGCCCGAACCUGCCAAGCUCAGUUCCGACCCAUCGCAGUGGGAAAACAACCAGCAGAAGGUGAUCGACGGUGGACUUAAGCUCGGCGUGAAGCCAGUGCUCUCCGCGAAAGAUAUGGCCACGGCGGACGAGGAACAUCUGGGCGUGAUGGCCUACACCACCUGGUUACGGUGGGUCAUUCCACGGCCACCGCUUGCCAACAUGCUUGCCGUGCAUCUGGACAGCACGUCGGGUCGGGUCGGUGAACCGACGGAGUUCCGCGUCGAGGCACUGUCACGCGAUGUGGACAUGUCGAAAGUGAAGGCGUACAUCAGCAUGCCCAACACGAACACCCUGCACCAGGUGCGGUUGGGUUCGCGCGGUGAGGGAACCUUUGUGCCAGACAAGUACGGCAUGCACGAGAUCGUACUCGAGAUCGAUGACAAUCAACUUGGUGGACACUUCUUCCGGGUACUCCCAAGGCUUGUACAUGUCGCCCCGCCCGGUAUGGCGCCGUGCGCCCUCGGAAGCCUUGUGGAAGUGCUGGUCAACGCAACCGGUGCGCCGAAAACCGAGGACAUCCUUGUGACCGCCUACAGUCCUUCCGGGCGACCACUCAAGUGUCCGUUGAAGAAGAUCGAGGAAGGACAUAGUGCCAUUUUCAAGCCGGAUGAAGCCGGCGUUUGGGAAAUUGCCAUAACAUACCAGGGCCGCCACAUCCAAGGCGGUCCGUUCACGUGUGCCGUGUUUGAUCCGAGCGGUGUGUCCGUGCACGGGCUGGACGGUGCCAUGCCGUUGAGGGCACACUCGUUCGAGGUGGAUGCGCGCGGCGUCGGCGUCAGCGGGGAACUGCACGUCGACAUCGUGCACGAAAAGCGCUCGCUCGUUUGCUCGGUGGAAAAGCUGCAGGAGAACAAGUACCAGGUGACAUUUAUGCCACGCUCCAACGGCAAACACCGGGUGUACGUGUACUUCAACGGGUACGACGUCAAGGGGUCGCCCUUCAUCAUGAAGGUCGGUUCGAAGGGUAGAUCCGGUAAAACGCGCACUAGUCCGCACCAGCACGACGGGAAGCUGCGCUCCGAAAGUCCCUCGUACCACUUUAACUCGUCCUCGUUGACGCGUAAAACGGACAGUUCGUCGUUGCGUCGGGAUAUCUACUCGCCCACGACGGUACAGAAGUCUGGUUCGCGAUCACCUCAAGACUACGAACCAGGCUUCAUCAAGAGCUCCACGAAGGAGUCGUACACGAGCCGCGUUAUGUCACCGGCAAGACACAGCCCUUCGCCCAAGUUGCUCUUCCCGACCACGGAAACCGACUAUGGAGGAUUUCGGCGCAGUACGGAGCUACUGUCGCAGCGCCGUGACUCCGAUGAGCUGAAGAGUCCGGUACGCCUCUCGGACGAGGGAUCGAGCUCGUACGUUAAGACAAUCCGGACAGAAAACCACACUACGAAAACGAUUCGCACGAUGCUAGAUUCUGACAGUCCGAUCGCACACAUUCGUGCCAGCCCGGGAUUGAAAAGCCCUCAGACAGUGUCCGCGACGCUGCUGGAUACCCGGGCCGGUACCAGCAGUCCGAAGCCGCUGAUCACAACUACCAGUACGAGCACGUCCAGCACACGCUACAUUCCAUCGCCGGUGACGGAACACCGGGUUGCGAGCCCGAUUGCAAUGCACGAGAAGUCGAAUGGCACGUACAAGGUGACCGAACGGAACUCGACCUACAAGUCCACCGUAACGCGAGACCUUGUGCGCGACAGUCCCACGUUCGAGCGCGUAGUUCGAAGUCCACCGACGACAUCCGCCAACGUUGUGGACUAUUCGUCCAACAUCAAGGUGAACGCUAGCAGCGCCAACGGCGGGCAACCCUCCAGACGGGACAGCUACGAUGUGAUCAACAAGACGAAGCACCUGUUCUCACAGAACUCCUUGGAAUCGUUGGCGAACCUUACUGAGCGGCAGCUCAACACUGACCUGACGUACGAUCGCUCAACGCUCGAUAAUCAAACGGAAAAGAAUACGCACUUCAACAAGUUCUCGCUCGGCACGGAAGCACAAUCCAAGCGUCCGAUCAUCGAAGAUGAAGGGCUGUACCGUGCUGGUGGCUAUCUGAAAAACUAUCGCACCGAGUCGAACGAGAAGUACGAACGGUACAGCUCAUCACAACUGAAGGGUGGUUUCGAACCGAUCGGACGGGAUGUGAGCGGUGCGAGAGCCAUUCGCGUUCAGGAUAUACCAGACGGUGUGCUCGGUCGUCCGGUUGAGUUUGAGAUCGAUGGAUCGCAAGCCGGUUCGGGAAACCUGGAGAUCCUCGUCAACGGUGGCCGGGUAACGUCGGCAGUACGAGCUCUCGGUAACCAACGUUUCAUCGCAAGCUUCACGCCGCACGAAUCCGGCACCCACACCGUACAGAUCACCUUCAACGAGGAAACCGUUCCCGGCUCACCUUGGAAUAUCAACAUCAUGUCGUCACCAGGGCUCACGGCUCUCGGUGAGUCCACGCGUUUAGUGCCGGCAAAUUUGCCGGCGGUUUUUGAGGUACUGCCGCCCCCGGGCGCCUCGAUCCGAGGCAGCGACUGUGUGGCGACCGUGCUGUCACCGAGCAAGACGAAAGUGUCCGCCCGUGUGACGCACGAGUCCGCCAACGGUGCGCUGCGCAUCGAGUUUGUCCCGUCGGAGGUCGGCACGCACAUCGUCGAAGCAUCGAUCGGUGGUACCACACUCGUCGGUGGACCGCUCAUUGCCAAGGUGUACGAUUCGAGCCUGAUCCAGGUGACGGACGUGAAUGGGGGUGUCGUCGGUCAGCCGUGCCAGUUCCGGGUGGAUGCCAGCGCGGCCGGCGAAGGACAGCUCGAGAUUUCGAUCAAUGAAGGCGAGGUACCGAACCAUGUGCAGGUGGUUGGUGGCGGACGGUGCCUGGUAUCGUUCACACCCGAACAGGCCAAACCACACCUGAUCGACAUAAAGUUUAACGGCGAAACAGUGAUCGGAUGUCCGUUCGUGUGUGCCGUCGCCGAUACGAGCCGAGUACUGCUGAACCUCACCAAUCUCGAGCUGAUCCCGGUCAACAGACCCGCAUCGUUCCACAUCACCGUGAGCGGUGGUGGGGCGGCCGAGCUGGCCGUCAGCGUGCGCGGCCCACAGGGUGAACUGCCGGUGCGUGUGACCGGUGACAUUCACGCCGGCUUUACGGCCGAAUUCACGCCGAACCAUGUUGGCGCACACACCAUCAACGUGGAGUACAACGGGUACCCGGUCCAGGGCACACCGUUCGUGGCGAAAUCGUACGACGCCACCAAGGUGGCGGUGGGAUCCGUGUCCAAGGGCACGGUGGGCCGGCCGGUGCAAUUCACCGUUGACGCCGGCGACGCAGGCGAGGGUAAUCUCGAGAUUACGAUCUCCGCCAAGGGUCACAACAUUCCCACGCAGGUGCAUCCACAAGGAAACGCCAAAUUCGCCGUCUCGUUCGUACCGGCCGAACCGUGCGAGCACAUCAUCAACGUGUCGUUCAACAAAAUGCUUGUCCCCGGCUGCCCGAUCACGGUCAUUAUCAACGGUGGUACGACCGGGCCGCAGGUUUCGCUCGGCGGUCCGGGCCCACUGCACAUGCCCAACUCACUGGUCAUCAACCACGCCGGAGGCCGCCUGGAGGACAUCGAGGUGAACGUCGAAGGCCCCUCCGGUCAUUCGGUACCGGCGCAGGUCUUACAGACGGCCGAUGGCGUGUUUAAGGCCGAGUUUGUGCCACGCGUUGUUGGCGAACAUCGGGUCAGCGUUACCGUCGAGGGACAACCGACCGUUGGCAGUCCGUACUCAGCGAAGGUCUACGAUGUCACGGCAAUUAAGGUAAAGAACGUUAACAAUGGUACCGUCGGGAAGCCGGUCGUCUUCUUGGUGGAAACAUCGCAGGCCGGCCCGGGCAACCUGGAGGUGACAGUCAAUGGGGGCCGCGUACCAACGUCCGCCCAGGCGCAGGGUCAACACACGUACGCGAUCAGUUUCACGCCCCGCGAAGCACAGAACCAUACGGUCGAGCUGCGGUUCAAUGGGCAGGACGUGCCGGGCAGUCCGUUCACCUGUAAGGUGUCACCUGCAGCACGCAUCGUCAGCAGCGAUCUUACGGACAAAGUCAGCGUAGGCCACAUGUUUGACUUUGUCGUCGAGUCCGACAUUGCGCCCGUGGUGGAAGUGCUCGGUCCGGCCCGUCGUGCCGUCCGCGCCGACAUUGUCCCGGCCGCUCCGUCCGGCUACCGGGUCAAGUUCGAACCGGUCGAAGUUGGUGACCAUUCGGUGGAGGUGCGUUUGCCGGGCAGUGGCCACGUGGAGGGCAGUCCCUUCCUGCUGAAGGCUUACUCCGCCGAAAAGGUGGUCGUCACGGACAUACGGCCCGGUGUGGUGGGCAAAAGCGUUAGCUUCGGCAUCAACGCCAGCCAGGCGGGUGCGGGAAAUCUCGAAAUAAUCGUCGCCGUCGGUGGUAAGAACGUGCCGAACUUUGUGCAAUCGGAGGGUAAUGCACGGUUCAAGGUGAACUUCAAGCCAACGGAAGCGGCCACCCAUUCGCUGUCGGUGCGCUUCAACGGAUUUCCGGUCCCGGGGUCACCGUUCGCUUGUCACGUUACCCACGCGCCGGUGUCACUGUCGAAAGCCAUCGCGACCGGCGAGUGUCUCCGGCAAGCGCCGGUCAAGAGUGCCAGCGUGUUCGAGCUGGAAGGAUUCGAUGGAAUCGAUCCGCAAGUGUUGAUCACUUCCCCGUCCGGUGACACGGUGACGUCGCGCAUCAACUACCAGGACGACAUCCAUCUGGUGACGUUCGUGCCGACAUCCGUCGGUCGGCAUCUGAUCAGCGUAACGGCAAACGAUCAGCACAUCAACGGAUCACCGUUCUCCUGCAACGUGUUCGAUGUGUCCCGCGUGUCGAUAAGCGGGCUCGAUCCGCGCAACACGAUGGCUUCGUUGGGUGUACCACUCACGUUCAGCGUGGAUGCGGCGGGCGCUGGCGAAGGUACGCUCGAGCUGGUCGUGUCCACCGCAACAAGCACGGUGAAGGCGGAGGUGACGGCCUGUGCGCGCGGUCUCUACGAUGUGACGUUCAUACCGCAGAGCUGCGAACCGCACUUUGUCAACAUCACGUUCAACGAUCUGCCCGUCGACGGGAGUCCGUUCCGGUGCGAGGUGCAGCAGAACACGCAGCACGUACAGGUGGGCAACACCACGCUGAUCGAGCUGAUGACCGAAGACCAGACGGUGGAGAUAUUCGACCCCGAGAACAAGCUCGUCCCAUUCACGCUGUCCCGCAAGGCGGCGGAGUUUCGGGCGGCCAAGAUUGGCCAGUACGUGGUGCGGUACAUCGAUCAGGAGACGCGCAACUUCAUCGCGGCCCGCACGAUCAACGUGUUCGAUCCGUCCAUGGUGAAGAUUGUGGAGGUCGGUGAAGCGUACUGUCACAAACCGGCCUCGCUGGUCGUGUCGACGAACGAGGCCGGUCAGGGUACGCUCACGUCGAUGGUGCGCUGCGGUGGGCUGGAAGUGCCCCACUCGAUCCGUGGCACGGCUAACAACGGUGUGUGGGAAAUCGUGUACCAUCCGACCCGGGUCGCACCGCACAAGAUCAUGAUCCUGUACAACCAGGUACCGAUAUCGAACAAAGCCAUCGAAAUUAACGUUCUGGCACCGGCGAUGAGCAAAGAGAUCACCGUGAACGGAUUGGGCCUGUACCAGGCACGGGUGGGUAAGACGACGUCAUUCGCGAUCGACACCGUCGGUCAUCCGGCACGCGAGUUCGAUGUGGUUGUGUCGGGUCCGGGCGGUCAGGCACUGCCCGUACGCUGCUACCAGACCAAGGGUGGCCAUCUGCAGGCCGAGUUCACCGUACAGAAAGUUGGUCAAUGUUUGAUUGAUGUUCUCCAUCAAUCGAAACCAUUGAUGGGCAGUCCGUACACGUGCGAAUCGUACGAUCCAACGAAGAUUCAGCUGCAGAAGGUACCGAAGAUGAACCUGUCCGCCAACUCGCCCAUCUCGUGGAUCGUCCAAUCCGAGUCAGCUGGUGUUGCGGAGAUUGAGGUGACGGUCCUAUCGCCCUCGGGACAAAACGUCCCGGUAAAGCUGACGCAGCAGGACGACUACGAGCAUUCGAUCGAGUUCGUUCCGCAAGCGGCCGGACAUUACAAGGCCACGAUCAUGUACGGCGGGGAGGCGGUCCCGAACUCACCGAUCACCUUCGCCGUACAGUCGGCCGGUGGGAAGAGUGACAGCCACGCGACUGGCAACGGGCUCGAGGUGGCUCACCGCGGGAAGGAAACCUCGUUCGUGGUGUUCUGUCCGACCGCGCCGAACGUGCAGAUCGAGCGCAGCGACGAACAGUCGGAACGAAUCGAACCGCGCAUCAAGAACAUGGGCAACAACCAGUGGAAGAUCUUCUACACGAUCCUCACGGUGGGCCGGUACGAGAUCAGGGCGAGCUGUACGAACCGCGGACCGCUGCCCGGUUCGCCGUGGAACAUUGCGUGCCUCGAUCCGGCCAAGGUGACACCGAUCGGUGGUUGGGGUUCGUUGCUGGACGGUAGCGGGAAGCUGGUACUACCGAGCAAGAUCGUCUUCGACACCGGUAUGGCCGGACCGGGCGAGCUGACGUGCUACGUGGAUGAUGCGGAAGUGAUGGUGGAGAAGCAGGGCAACGGUAAGAGCGUCCUGUUCCUGUCGGACGAUGGACUCAGCAAGGGUGAGCACAGCUUCGACCUAACCUGGUCCGGAUUGCCAAUAUCGCAAAGUCCCGGGUUCGUGUACGUGACCGGCAUGACGAUCGGUUCGGAUCGCGUUGUAUUGACCGGGCGUGGUCUGACGACGGCACAGGUCGGUGAGGUGUCUCACUUCACGAUCGAUGCGACGGACGCACUUUCCGGCAAGCCGGAAGUGCACAUGGCGUACGACGAUGGAGAAUCGCUUCCAGUCACACUGCUACAGCCCCGCCCGAACGAGCUGAUCUGGCUCGCGUCGUACAACCCGCACAAAUCCACCGGCGGACCGCUGAGUCUCGAGGUGGAAUGGAACGGGCGCAUUAUCAAGGGUUGCCCGCUGACGAUACCGGUCGGACCGGCCGUUGACGCCGCGAAAGUGCUCUGCUCCGGCGAAGGCCUCCGCAACGGGGUCGUCGGGCGGGAGAUUAAAUCGUGGAUCGAUACGCGCCGUGCCGGCCCGGGAGAGCUGACGGCGCACUGUGCCGGCCCGCGCAAGGUUGCCUACUGUGAGCUGUACGAUCAUGGCGAUGCGACGUUCACGCUGAACGUGAAACCACAGGAACCGGGCCGGCACACGCUGACGAUCAAGUACGGCGGGCAGCAUGUGCCCGGGUCACCCUACACGCUGCGUGUCGUUGGUGCGCCCGACGCCAGCAAGGUGCGCGUGUACGGGCCCGGCAUCGAGCACGGUGUGUUGGCCACAUUCCAGUCGAGGUUCAUCGUCGAUACGCGAGGCGCUGGUGCCGGUCAGCUGACGGUGCGUGUCCGCGGACCGAAGGGUGCCUUCCGGGUUGAGAUGCAGCGCGAAAGUCAAAAGGACCGAACCAUCCUGUGCAAGUACGAUCCCACCGAACCGGGCGACUACCGGGUGGAGGUUAAGUGGGCCGGUGAGCUCGUACCCGGAUCGCCCUUCCCCGUGCUCAUCUUCGACACACAGGAGGAGCUGAAACGAUUUCUACACGGCAACUAA